GGAAAUCGAAGCUCCCCUUCCCUCCCGGUGGCGAAGAAGGAAGGAAGAAACCCAGGCUGUCUCUCCCGGCCAGGAUCCUUCCAUCCUCUGCAUCACUUUCCGGCUAUACUGCCUCUCGCCCCUGCGUCGGGUCCAAACCUCGCCACACGGACGAGCAGAAAGGAAACGCGGGCUCUUCUGUUCGCUUAUUUACAUUGCUCAUUAUGGGCGAUAAUGGCCAGGCAUCGGGACGACGGCUCCGUUUGCCUGCAUGGAAAGGCGACAGGAAUGCAAUCCACUCCUACUCCGCAUCAUGCACAGAGUGGUUAGAGAGCUUUUGCACACCUUGCAUUCAGGAAUGUCUUAAGCCAAAGAAGCCAGUUUGUGGAGUUUGUCGCAGCACACUGACCCAUGGCAUCAGAGCUCUGGACUUGGAAAAGCAAAUUGAAAUGACAGAGACUACUUGCAAUGGCUGCAAUAAAAAAAUGUAUCUUUCCAAGCUGCGUGGCCAUGCAGCCACCUGUUCAAAAUAUCAGAAUUACAUAAUGGAAGGUGUUAGAGCCGUGACUAAAGAUCCACAACAAGAUACCAGUAACAUUCCAAAUAGAUUCACAUUUCCUUGCCCUUACUGCAAUGAGAAAAACCUGGACCAGGAAGGACUAGUAGAACACUGUAGAAAGUAUCACAGCAUGGAUGCAAAGCGAGUGGUUUGUCCAAUUUGUGCAUCGAUGCCAUGGGGUGAUCCAAACUAUAGAAGUGCUAAUUUCAUGGAACAUCUUCAACGGCGACACCAGUUUUCUUAUGAUACUUUUGUGGAUUAUGACGCUGAUGAAGAUGAUAUGAUGGCCCAGGUUCUCUUGCGAUCCUUGAGGGAUCAAUGAACAAAGCAAGAAGCACUUCAUACCCGACUUCCUACCCCUAAGAUUCUUUGGCAUCCAUAAACUAAUUUUUCUUCAUUCUUGUGCCUACUAUCUCCAUACAUGGCCUCUUCUAGUGCGAUAUCCCUUGCUGUUUACUUGCUCCAGAAUAUCUUUCGUCUUGGUUUGUAACAUAUAUUUUUACUUUAUUUACAUUUUAUUUCAACUUCUAAUGUUUACAGAUUUUAAAUCACCAGGAGUUUGGCAAUAAUUUUCACCUUUGUUAUUAUUGCAUUCUUUAACAUGGAUCAGGAAUUAGAAGCCUAAGAUAAGAUCCCUGGGUCUCCAUCUCUAGAUAAUGAAGACCUAGGCUUUUUGAUUCACAUAUCGGCAACAGGCAUCCGUUUCUUUUUUUUUUAUGUAGCAACACAUUGGAUUUGACUCAAAAUCAAGCCUUACAGAAGCCUGUGUCCGCAAUAUAAAAAGCUGAAGUUAUUAUUCUAUUACAGUGUGUCUCUUAGUUCACUCAGUAUAUAAUACUUCUGUAAGUUUAGAGGCAAUCACUUAAGUUUGGUUUCAGUUCUUUUCUACCUUACGCAUACAAAGUUCAGAUAUGAAAUGAGCUUGUUUUGUGUUUCUGGAAGACAUUAGAAUUCAUACAAAACUUAAUUUCUGGCUUCCUACACUUCUGUAUAUUUCUACCUCUAUGCUUAGAGUUCAGAAUAAUUUGACAGCAGCAGAUGAGUCACCCUUCCCACCUGUUCCUUCAACAUAACACAAGUAAGACUAUUGUGCUUUGUGUGAACUGCACUUUUGUAUCUAAUAGAGAAAUGCCAUGUAUUCAUGUGUGAAAUCUAAUGCUGCUGUGGUUCAGAAAGUUUGCAGUACAGGGAACAGAAAGUCUGGUUCUCACAUUUCUUAACUUCUGAAUGCACUUAGCCCUAUUCUUGUCUUUUUCUGCAUUGACUGUGCAUAUGAGUGAGGUGCCAUAUGCUUGACCUCUGUGUGUUCAGUGAAGGGUGAGAAUAGGACCCCGCAAACAGCUGUGUUUACUUGCAGACUUGAUACACAACUGGAAAUGAACGUUAGCAUGAGCUUCCAUACAUACAUUGGCAUUCUUAAUUUCUGCUUGAAGGCAUGGCAGUCCCAGGGAUGAGAUCAACAGGCAUAAUCCCUCUCCCCAUCCUGUUGACAUUAGCUAGAGAGCACAGUUACUAUGAAGUAAUUAGGUUUUUUAUAUAGUGAUCAUACACUGCCAUUAGUGAAAACUGAAACAUUUGCCUUGGUAGCUUUUGAUGGACAUUGCAAACUUCAUCAGAUAUUAUCUUCCUUUGUGGGAAAGUACUCUGUCAAAAACAAGAACCAGGCUGGAUUCUUUAAAUGAGCAAUGUUUUGAAUGGAUGGCUCUGGGUUUAAUGACAACUUUUUGCAGUAAACAUUCUAACUGGAACUGAAGUAUGAAAUGACAGAGCUAAAUAUUGACUUACAUGGUUUGGGAUAUAUUGGCUCAACAGGCAUUUGUUGCUAGAACCUGCGGGUAAAUUGUGCAAUACUGAUAUCUGGAGGGGGGUUUCUCCAGACUUAAAACGCCAUGAAUCAAUAAUGACAUGGCACACCUGAUCUGACACUCAUUGUGCUGCUGAAGUGAUCUGACUACCAGUUGCUCACUCUUGCGUUCUGUGACUUCUCUGCUUGGACAUGGUUUGAUUUUGUUGUAAAUGCUUCCAAGAUUCUUGAGUUGGAUAUCUGUCUCGUUUAAGAGUUUACCACUGAAUUGUUGCUGAUAUUUUUGAGGUUGCCCUGUGGUAUCCUGGGCCUCUCCAGCUUCACUUUCCUGCCAGAGAACCUUGUAUAUCGGCCAUCAGAUCAGCAGGCGGAAGUCAGGACAUUCCAGAGCAGCAUUCAAGAUGCUAAAGAAACAAAAGCCAGAGAGGGAAACUGACCGUUUGCUCAUACAUGCACGGAAGUGCCUUCUGCAUGCACAUGGACUUCUUUGGGACUUUGGCCGUUAUCUUUCAGCAUCUCAAUAAGAACAUCUUCUCCAACCUCCUGUGGAUUGCAUAGGACCUAAAUACCCUUCGUAAACAUAACAGACUUUUUUGUUCUUGUAUUCUAAGUGCACUUCUAGUAAUUUUAAUAAAAAUUUUAGAACUUCAAAAUGGUCAUGUUCUGGCUUUUAAAUAAAGGAAAUAAAGUUAAUUGAUAAAAUCCUUUUUGGGGGAAUCAUUUAUCCCUUGUCCCAAGGAAUUCAAAUGUGAAUAUUUUUUUUCUGAUUUUGACUAGCCACCUCUGUUAACAUCAACUAAAAGAACAUGUAUAAAGACAGCAAAUGAAAAUCACAUGUAUGGAGUUGUAUUCCAGACAUCCCGUUGAGUCAACUUCAGUAUUGCUAUUUGUAUAUAAGAGAUGUUGUGCUACUGCAAUGUAGAUAAAAAUAAUAUCCUGCUUCUGUGAGUAAAUAAAUAAAGGGUGCUAUAGGACAUCAAGCGGGUUAAAAGGAAA